AUGGACCAGCAGCGGUUGAGCAAGCGGGCGUGCGUGGUGCCGAUGGCGGUCGUGCAAAGCAACGUCCUUGUCGAUAUCAUGCACUGCUUGGACUCGACCAAAGACGUCUUAUCGCUGCUUCAGGCGCUCCCACCCGCUUCGCUCGAUGCGCCGCUCGCUGCGCUCUGGACGCUCUUGGCGACACCCGAUGCCUUGGACGCCAAGCACUGGCCGCAGGUUUGCGUGGAAGAGAUCGAUCGCCGCUACACCUCUACCGUGCUUGCGGCGCUCCCACUCUUUCGCUCGAUUCGCAUCAAGAACAUUGAGAGGCUCAAUGCCAUGUUGCUUGACGUCCCCAUCGACGAACACUGGCGACCGGUCCUUUCCACGUGGCUCGCGUCUGGCCACGCGACGCACCUCCAUCUCGAUAACUUUACGUGCGACGACGACGUGGAAAUGGGUCAUAACAUCGCCGCCACGACGUCGCUCACGAGCCUCAAACUAAACGACUCGCCUGGCGUCGUCCAAGGACUUGUCGACGCAAACGUGCCCCUACCCAGCAUCACCGAGCUCCGUCUGCAGUCGGCUCGGUAG